UUGUAAAGUGUAUUUUAUUAAAUAAGACUAAAAAAUACCUCAAAAUGAUUUUAAGACCAAUCUGCGCCCGCUUUCUACCAGCCGUGUCCUUCCAGCAAAUCAGAAAUCUUCGGCCAACCAUCAAAAUAGGCAAAGAUAAGUUCGAAAUAACUCUGAACAUCCACCAAUUCGCCAAAGAAGAAAUUAGAGUCAAAGCGAGACCAGAAUACGUAUGCAUCGAAGGCAAACAGGAACGAGAAACGAAGAGAGGGUAUGUCUUAAGGCAGUUUACAAGAAAAUUCAAGCUUCCAAAAGGAUGUAUCCCUCAAAAAAUAAAGUCUGAACUGUCUCCUGAUGGUACUUUAACUAUUACGGCACCUAGAGAGUAUUGUGAAAUAAAUCUGCCUUGUGAGAUGUCUGUGCCUAUAUCUCUUACUAACAAUGUGCCGGAGCAAUCGAUGAUUGAGGUGCAGAAAGCUGAGAAAGUGACAACAGCUGAUUAUUGUAAGAAAAUUGUUGAAGAGUGUAAAAAGAAGAAGAAAUGAUGUAAAAUAGUCUCCUAAUGUCCAAGUAAAGUUUCUAUUUUGAU